CUGUUUGCUGCACUUCUGCAUCCGGGUCAAGGGUGUCCACCUCCACUUCUCCCCGGCAGAUCCGGCACCCUCUGUGACAGCGGCUCUUGACUCUACCCAGGGCGGGUUUUAUCCCGCGACCUGUUGGAGUCCGGACGCCCACACCUGCCACGGGUCGCGGAGGCGCACUUCCUCAUCUACCCGCUCUAAGCCCCGGGGCCUGAACGUCCGCCGCCUCCGGGGGGCCCCGCUGGCCUCUCUGCGCUGAUGCUGAAGGGGACCGCGGGCCCGGGGCAGCGGCGGAGUGUGGGCCUCUGGCUUCUUAGGCCCACCGCUGACGGUGCCGGUUCUUAAGCGCCCCAGGCUUGCCAACUCCCGCCCGGGCUUGGAUGGCCCUCUCUGCCCGAUAAAUGAGGCUACUGAGCAGGCAGUGGCGGUGGUCGGUCCAGCUGCUGCUCUCCAAAUUCACCUCCGUCCCGGGUUUCUCCAGGCACACCUCGGGGUUGUGGCUGCCCGCUCCUUACCACCUGGCCCUGGCUUUGCAGCGUGGCGACAAUGGACAAGAUCCUGGAGGGCCUGGUGAGCUCUUCGCACCCCCUGCCCCUAAAACGGGUGAUUGUGAGGAAGGUGGUGGAGUCGGCGGAGAAUUGGCUGGACGAGGCGCAGUGCGAGGCCAUGUUUGACCUGACGACCCGGCUUAUCUUGGAGGGCCAGGACCCCUUUCAGCGGCAAGUGGGCCACCAAGUGCUGGAGGCCUACGCGCGGUACCACCGGCCAGAAUUCGAGUCCUUCUUCAAUAAGACUUUCGUGCUGGGCCUCCUUCAGCAGGGCUACCACUCGCUGGACAGGAAGGACGUAGCCAUCCUGGACUACAUUCACAACGGCCUGAAACUGAUCAUGAGCUGCCCCUCGGUGCUGGACCUCUUCAGCCUGCUGCAGGUGGAGGUGCAUCGGAUGGUGUGUGAGAGGCCCGAGCCGCACCUGUGCGCCCGACUCAGCGACCUCCUGAGCGACUUCGUGCAGUGCAUCCCCAAGGGGAAGUUGUCCAUCACUUUCUGUCAACAGCUGGUUCGAACGAUAGGCCACUUCCAGUGCGUGUCCACCCAGGAGAAAGAGCUGCGGGAAUAUGUCUCACAGGUGACAAAAGUGAGUAACUUGCUGCAGAAUAUCUGGAAGGGGGAGCCCUCCACCCUGCUGCCUUCCCUGCAAGAAGUUUUUGCAAGCAUUUCUUCCACAGAUGCAUCAUUUGAACCAUCUGUAGCAUUGGCAAGCCUUGUGCAGCACAUUCCUCUUCAGAUGAUUACAGUUCUCAUCAGGAGCCUUACCACGGAUCCAAAUGUAAAAGAUGCAAGUAUGACCCAAGCUCUUUGCAGAAUGAUUGACUGGCUGUCCUGGCCAUUGGCUCAGCAUGUAGACACAUGGGUGAUUGCACUCUUGAAAGGACUGGCAGCUGUCCAGAAGUUUACUAUUUUGAUAGAUGUUACUUUACUGAAAAUAGAACUGGUUUUUAAUCGCCUUUGGUUUCCUCUUGUGAGACCCGGUGCUCUUGCAGUUCUUUCUCACAUGCUACUUAGUUUUCAGCAUUCUCCAGAGGCGUUUCAUUUGAUUGUUCCUCAUGUAGUUAAUUUGGUUCACUCCUUCAGAAGUGAUGGUCUGCCUUCUAGCACAGCCUUCCUAGUGCAGUUAACAGAACUGAUACACUGUAUGAUGUAUCAUUAUUCUGGAUUUCCAGAUCUCUAUGAACCUAUCCUGGAAGCAAUAAAGGAUUUUCCUAAGCCCAGUGAAGAGAAGAUUAAAUUGAUUCUCAAUCAAAGUGCCUGGACUUCUCAAUCCAAUUCUUUGGCAUCUUGCUUGUCUAGAGUUUCUGGAAAAUCUGAAACUGGGAAAACUGGUCUUAUUAACCUAGGGAAUACAUGUUAUAUGAACAGUGUUAUACAAGCAUUGUUUAUGGCCACAGAUUUCAGGAGACAAGUCUUAUCUUUAAAUCUAAAUGGGUGCAAUUCAUUAAUGAAAAAAUUACAGCAUCUUUUUGCCUUUUUGGCUCAUACACAGAGAGAAGCAUAUGCACCUCGGAUAUUCUUUGAGGCUUCCAGACCUCCAUGGUUUACGCCCCGAUCGCAGCAAGACUGUUCUGAGUACCUCAGGUUUCUACUAGACAGGCUCCAUGAAGAAGAAAAGAUCUUGAAAGUUCAGCCCUCACACAAGCCUUCUGAAAGUCCUGGGUGCAGUGAAACUUCUUUACAAGAAGUAGCCAAUAAGGCAGCUGGACUAACAGAGACCUCUUGCACAAGUGACGGUGAGAAGACAUUAAUUGAAAAAAUGUUCGGAGGAAAACUACAAACUCACAUAUGUUGUUUGAACUGCAGGAGUACCUCACAAAAAGUGGAAGCCUUUACAGAUCUUUCACUUGCCUUUUGUCCUUCCUCUUCUAUGGAAAACUUGUCUUUUCAAGAUCCAGCAUCAUCAGGCAGUUCACAUGAUGGUGGUCUGACACAGGGCAGGGUACCUGGUCCUUCAAAAGAACCAGGAGUCUAUAAUCCAGCAACAGCUGCCUUUGCCUGUGACUCAGCUGUCAGUGAAGGAAUGGUGGGCAGUCCUGAUGAGUUUCGCUGUGCUGAAGACAUUUCUGUCCCUAAUGACUCUCGCAAGAUGCUUGUUAAUAAAGACGUACCUCAGAAACCAGGAGGUGAAACCACACCUUCAGUAACUGACUUACUAAAUUAUUUUUUGGCUCCAGAGAUUCUUACUGGUGACAACCAAUACUAUUGUGAAAACUGUGCCUCGCUGCAGAAUGCUGAGAAAACUAUGCAAAUCACAGAGGAACCUGAAUACCUUAUUCUUACUCUCCUAAGAUUUUCAUAUGAUCAGAAGUACCAUGUGAGAAGAAAAAUUCUAGACAAUGUGUCACUGCCACUGGUUUUGGAGUUGCCAGUUAAAAGAACUACUUCUUUCUCUUCGUUAUCAGAAAGUUGGUCUCUAGAUGUUGACUUCACUGAUAUUAGUGAGAAUCUAGCUAAAAAAUUAAAGCCUUCUGGGACUGAAGAAGCUUGCUGCCCCAAAUUGGUGCCCUAUCUAUUGAGUUCUGUUGUGGUUCACUCUGGUGUAUCCUCUGAAAGCGGGCAUUACUAUUCUUAUGCCAGAAACAUCACAGGUACCGAGUGCUCAUACCAGCUGUGUCACCAGCCUGAAACUCUGGCACUAGCCUCCUCCCAGGGUCAUUUACCAGGAAGAGAUAGUCCCAGUGCAAUUAUUGAACAGGAUUUGGAAAAUAAGGAAAUGUCAAAAGAGUGGUUUUUAUUUAAUGACAGCAGAGUGACAUUUACUUCAUUUCAGUCAGUCCAGAAAAUUACGAGUAGGUUUCCAAAGGACACAGCUUAUGUGCUUUUGUACAAAAAGCAGAACAGCACUAAUAGUUUAGGUGGUAGUAAUUCAACCACUGGACUCUGGGUAAAUGGAGACCCACCUCUACAGAAAGAACUAAUGGAAGCUAUAACAAAAGACAAUAAACUAUAUUUACAGGAACAAGAGUUGAAUGCUCGAGCCCGGGCCCUGCAAGCUGCAUCUGCCUCCUGUUCAUUUCGGCCCAAUGGAUUUGAUGACAAUGAUCCACCAGGAAGCUGUGGACCAACUGGUGGUGGGGGUGGAGGAGGAUUUAAUACAGUUGGCAGACUCGUAUUUUGAUGCUGAGAGAGUCUAAAAUGCAAUGGUCACAAAACAUGCGAUACCAUCUAUGACUGUUAAAAUGUCAGACUGUAACAAAUAUCAUAUCUAUUAUUUUUCUUUUCAUUAGACCCUUAUACUUUAAGAAAAUACACUCAGUGCUUGUUUUUAUUUUCUUGGUAAUACAUUUAUUAACAAAAUGCAUCAUGGGAAAAAAAAUCUACCUCUUAAAAUUCCAUUUGCUUUUAUGGUUAGACGUGCUUGACCAAAAAAUUUUCAGAGGAAAAUAUGUACCUGGUCCCUAAUUAAGCUGCAUUAAAUUUAGUAGAGGCAUUUAAAUUGUCCUGUCCUCAGUUUUACUGAAGAAAAAAAAUAGAUUUCAUUUAGCAUCCUUUAUAAAAGAAUUGAUAUUAGAGGUUAAAGAAAUAUUGUUUAAAAAGAAAAUCUUUUAUUUCUUCUGUAGUUAGCCCAUUAUUAAAUUCAAGUCUUUAAGAAUUCUAGAGAUGAUACAGUCUCUCAUGAAGGCAAUAACAAAAAAUAUAUCAAGCUGUAGUACUUUUCAGGUUUGUUCAGUGCUGUCUUCAACAUCACUGUAUCUACAUUUCAAGUACAAAUUUUUUUUAAAAAAAAGGAUUAUUUAUACAUAUGUGCUGAAUUGAUUUUAAGAACGGUGCAUGAUCCUGUAGGAGCAAUGUUUUUACCUAAAAAUUGUUAACUUUGUAGUAUUUCUAAUUGAGGAUUUUAAAAAUUCUAUUUCAGGGAGUAUAUUCUUCUGUGUGUUUCGAAGGAGGUGAGUUCUGUAUGUGCCUUGCAGUACUGUAAUUCAAAAAUAGGAAUCUUUGGCUGCGGAAAAGUUUUUUUUUAAAUGAAAUGUUAGGAAGUAAUUUUUUGUGCUAAUACUAAAAUUAUAACUUUUUGAAAGGUAUUAGAUUUUCCUGAAGUAAAAUCUGAUGGUUCUAAAUAAAUAAGUGUGAUUGUUUGUUUCUAACUCUUAAAAGAAUUCAGAGCAAAUGAACCUAGUCAAGUAAAAAAAUUUUUUUGAUUUUGUUAUCUAAUCCUCAGAAUAUUAAAUAUUGAUCACGUA